AUGGAACAACCAAGAGAGAUCAUAGAAAUUGACGUAGAUUCAACAAAAGGAAUCAUGGAUAUCGAUAAAAUCAACGUUGACCCGACAACAGAAUUCAUGGAAAUCCUAGACCCAACUAAAGGAAUCAUGAACGACAACGCCAAAGUGGAUCAAACAACAGAAUUCAUGGAAAUCCUAGACCCAAAAAAAAGAUUUCAAAAUUG